AUGGAUUUCCACGUCGAGUGGAUCAAGUAUUUUCAAUACUUUCCUCGCAUUCAUUUUGAAAAAGAUGUGGCUGUAUGUGACCUAUUCAUCUACUUCGAUGUACCUGACAAUGUGAUGAUCGAACGAUUACUGAAACGUGGAGAAAUUAGUGGACGAGUUGAUGAUAACCGAGAAACGAUCGCAAAACGUCUGCAUACAUUCAAUGAAGAAACUACGCCCAUCUUAGAUUAUUACAGCAAACAGGGUAAACUCGUCAAAAUUGAUGCGAAUAGAAAGCCAGAUGAAGUGUUUACGGACGUAUCAAAAGUAUCAGAUCGAUUAUUGUCACAUUAUCAAACAAACGACCAUUCUGAUUCAUCCAGUAAAGGUACGUCCAUAUGUAUUCUCAACACAUUGCUGAUACCCAAAUCAGAGUUAUUUUCGAGAGUCUAUAGUCAGCAAGAAACAAUAAAAAUGACACAAGUUAUCGAACGCAAACCGGGCUUAGACAAUUUGAAAAAUUCGAAGAUUAUCUUCGUUGUUGGUGGACCGGGAUCAGGAAAAGGUACCCAAUGUGAACGCAUUGUUCAAAAAUAUGGAUUUACACAUUUGAGCACGGGAGAUCUUCUUCGUGAAGCUGUUCAAUCGAAAUCGGAACGUGGUGAACAACUCAAUGCCUUGAUGAAAGAAGGCAAAUUAGUUCCAAUGGUAGUCGUUCUCGAUUUGCUCAAGGAAAACAUGAUUAAAAAUGCUGACAAAUCAAAAGGUUUUCUCAUCGACGGCUAUCCGCGUGAAGUUCCUCAAGCUCAAAAAUUCGAAGAAAUGAUUGCUCCAUGCAAUCUCGUUCUCUACGUCAAAGCAAGCGAUGACACAAUGACAAAACGCUUAUUACACCGUGGUCAAACAUCUGGUCGAGUCGAUGAUAACGAAGCAACGAUUAAGAAUCGUUUACAAACCUUUCAUAACCAAACUUUACCGGUCUUAGAUCUUUAUCAAAAGCAAGGCAAAGUAGCUGAGGUCAACUCAGAAUUGGCACCGGAUGAUGUUUUUGGCGAAGUACGCAAUGUACUUGAUAAACUUGCAUAA